AUGUAGUAACAGCCACAUUUCUGCCAUCUUUGCUCUACGUUAUAUUUAAUAAAAGCUACUUCAGAGUGAGAGUCCGUUCGGUUCGCGUUUGGAUGCUAGUGGGUCAGCGACACACGCAGAGAACGACAGAGGGCUCGCGCUCCCUCCCUCCCUCUCUGGGCUCGUGCGCUCCGUCCCUGACUCGCUCGCGCUGCUACAUUCAAACAUGGCGAAACUCUUUGCCACUAUACCGACACCGUCCGCCUCACCGUCUCCAUCCCCGCUGACACAGACACCUUCACCCUCUACAUCACCUCUAUCUCCGCUACCGUGAUGACCCGGGAGGAUGGAGAAGCUGUCGGCGAGCCUGUCGGAGAUCACUUGGAGCCCGUUGGCGCUGCCGUUGGACGCGGUGGUCAGCAAGUUCCGUCUGCCCACUCUGGUCCGCCUGGCUCACGGUGAAUGUGUGGAGGGUUUGUCAGAGGAGGAUGUGGUGCUCUUACACUCCUGCCGUCAGUGGACCACAGUGACAGCCCACAGCUUAGAGGAGGGACACUACGUAAUUGGACCCAAGAUUGACAUCCCUCUGCAGUACCAGGGAAAGUUCAAGUUGUUGGAUGAAGACCGGGACGUCAGGGACCCCAUCCAGUAUUUCUCCAGUGUGGAGGAAGUUGCUGGAGUCUUCCCUGACCGUGUUUUUGUCAUGGAGACGAUCACUUUCAGCGUCAAGGUGGUUUCAGGGGAGUUCAGUGAGGACAGUGAGCCCUACAGCUUCACUCUGCAGGCAGGAGAUGAGCUGUCAUUGAUGGGGAAGGCGGAGCUUCUCUGUGCCACGCCCUCUAAGGAAAAGACAGGACUGACUGCACUUCUGAGACGCCUGGGAAAGACCCCUAGAAGUAAAACUCCCUGUCUGGUCUGUAUGAACCAUCGCACCAAUCAGAGUGUCAGCCUACCCUUUGGCUGCCGUGGACGCUUUUGCACACGCUCCCCCCUGGAGCAAGGCAUGCUGGGAGGAGAGCACACGGUACGCAGCAUUAUCGAGAGAGUUCGCCUCCCUGUCAAUGUGUCUGUACCAUCACGGCCACCACGAAACCCCUACGACCGUCAUGCGGUGCGAGAGGGCCACCGCUACAAGCUGCUCAACAUUGUCAGCAAGACGGUGGUGCUCUGCAUGGUGCUCCGCCGACAGGAAGUCUCCCCCUCCCACUUCUUGUUGCUGCGUUGCAUGCCCCGGUUUAAUGUUGCUGAGGCCUCCGUCCACACAGCAGCGCUGGAGAGCCUUCUUCUGCGACAUGCAUUCGACCCAGACGCCUACUCCCGUGCUGUUAGAGAAACCCGUCCAGAAUUGGAGUGCAUGACAGAGGAGUGUGUGAGCCCACGGCGAUCUCGCAUGUGUGUGUCAGGUCAGGACUCAUUGGCACCGGCACUGCAGCACCUCUCAAUGUGCGGGUAUGUUGGUGGGGUUUCAGACAGUGUGUCACAGCGCUGUAGGGACUCUCUCGGCGAGCGGCUGGGGGAGGGACCAGGUGAGGAGAGGGAAUAUGUGACUCCUGAGUGGACUGAGGCUGAACUGAGGACCAGUGAGGAAAUCCCUUACGAGGAACUGUGGACCAAUCAAAACGCAGAGGGCUUGGGAAAGGAGCCAAACCUCAUAUCCUUCCAUUCAUCUUCCUCAUUGGACGGUACUGUUGGUACUGUGGUGGCGAGAGUGUCUACCCCGCCACCUGUACCUCCAAAAUCUGAUGCUGUGAGAGAGGAGUGUCGUUACUUGAUCGCCCCUCCAGUUCCCCCUCGCUGCUCUAAAGGAGGCUCCAUCUGCAGUCCGGCUCCCAGCCCUCCUGUUCCACCUCGCUUCCCCAAAACCUCCACUUCUCCGAGACCAAACCUCUCCUUCUACUCCUCUGGACUGCAGGACAGCUGCUCCCCCUCUCCAGAUGCCUCCCUGUACUGUUACCCGUGCUCCUGGGCAGACUGCCCUGCUCCCAACCCCGCCAGUCCUGAGCCAGCCUCUGCCAUCCCUGCAGACACCACAGCCAUUCCUCAGCCUGCACAGGCCACCUGGGCCGAGCCGUGGGUAGAAUCCUUCACUUCCUCUGGACCUCGACUCAGGCCGCCGCCCCCACAGAGUCGAUUUGCUCCCUUCGGUGCGUUGAACCCCUUCAACCGUCAGUCUCCUUGUCCUUCACCUGAGCCCGCUGCUAAUCCCAUUACAGAUUCUUCCAGAGGUGCAGAAGGCGGUGGGACAUCUACAGGGGGCACCGAGGGGCUGUCCCCGCCUCCUGACCCCACCUGGCGGCCUCCUUCUGACCUAUCUGCUUUGUCAUUGGAGGAAGUGUCAGCCUGCCUACGGUUCAUUGGCCUAUCAGAGGCAGCGGUGGCCGUGUUUCAGAGAGAACGAAUCGAUGGCAGCCUUCUGGUGCAGCUGACUGAGGACAUCUUGUCACAUGACUUCCACCUGAGCCGACUCCAUGUGACCAAGAUCACACAAUUCAUACAGGGUUGGAGGCCCAAAAUCUAACACACACACUGUCCUGAUAAUGUGCCUGUUGGCUGCUGAGCCCUCCUGAAUGUGCCUUCCACUGUGACAACUGGCUGCUGAGCCACUGAUUGCAGCUGAAGGAAACCACGCCACACUGUGGUCAAAUUGUAGAACUGACACUUGACUGGCUUUUAUACUAAGAGUCUCUGACAGACUGACUGCAUAUGUCCUGUCUGAAUCACAGAGUGGGACUAGUUUACUAACAAGUAGCUUCAACAGAGAGCUACAUGAUGAAAGUACCCUGUUUCGAUUCGUCUUUUGGGCAGAUAGCCAACCACAUUCAUGCUACACAGACAAAUGGCACAAAGGUUUUAGACACGGUGGAUUUGUGUGACGUUCCUGCUGUGAUUCCGCAUAAAAUGUGACAUAAAAUAUUUUGACAGAUGAACAAAAUUUCUGCAGUUUUUAGUAGCACCAGUAGGUGCUCAGUGAAUUUCAAUUUAAGGUACAUUAAGGAAUCUACAGCCUCUAUGGUUGACCAGUACGACAUGUUAUAACACUGACCCUGUCCCCUAGGCAAGUCUCUUGCACAGCCUUCUUUAUCAGUCACGUCAAGCUUCAGUGGCAGGUAAUUGGUACAAAUAACAAAAUGGGAGGUUCUUAGGAGGUAAGGAAGACCUAGAUGUUUAAGGCUAAAUAAAAAAGAAAGUACAAAAUUCAGAAAUCUUACCACUCUGUGAAGUUACUACUGAGGUUUUGGUAAUGAUUAAUGAUUCGAUGAACAAUUUUUGCACACUGCUAUUCUGUAUUUAGUCCACUUUGUGCUUUGGGGCAAUGGCAUUUUUAUUAACUUUCCCUUUGAGGGUAACACAAGAUUUCCUUGUGUCUUACGCAGUUACGUUGCCAUACUAUGAGGGUUUUCAGCUCCUCAGAAACAGAAUUCUCAAACCUUAGACUGCUUGUCCAGAUAUGCUCAGUUUAGCCAUGCAUAAAAAUAAAUGUAGUCAUACUGCAUAAUAUGUUCUCAUAACCAUUGUUUUUUUUAUUCAUUACACACCAAAAAUUCAAGGAAAGAGCCAAACUCCCACAACAAAUCAUACAAUAAUAAAAAUGGAAACUUUUCACAGGUUUUUUUAAAAUUUCAGACAACUGAUGGAGUAAUCGAAAAAACAAUUAGCAGUCAAAUUAAUAAUAAAACUAUCAAAAUGUUACCCAAAACAGUUACAUACACAAAGCCAGAGUCUGUUUCCUCAGACAGUAACAAAAUAAUCAGGACUAAAAAAUGUUGGUCCUAAAUAUUUUCAGAAAGAAGGACAAAUGUUUUCCUUCAGCUGUUCAAAUGAAAUGUGGCCCUGCUCUCUGAAUUCAUGUAUGUCCUAUGUAAUUAGGAGUGUGUCUCUUUUAGGUAGUGGUGAUAGUAAUGUCCUAUAACCCGGGACUGUCGCUUUAGCUACACUGAGGGUUAUUUCUGCAACAAAGAUCUUCCAGACAACUGUGAAAAUGCAAUUUAUGUUGUUGUGAGCUUGUUUAUUAACACUUGUGAUUCUCCUGUUCUCUCAUAAUGUCUGACAGAAUCCUCUUUAAAUUCCAUUAGAUUCCCAUAAAUUUGAUGAGCUGCAGCCAGGUGAAAAGCUGCUUAUUAAUGCCAAGUUUCUGAAAACUCUUUCUCAUGAUAUCAGAAACCCUACCACACCCAUAAUACUGAUACUGAUGUACUCUCUGUGAUCAUGUAACUGCAAGGCCACUCUAAGAGCAAUGACAAAAUAAAUGCGAGAUUACAAAAUAAACUGAAACUAAAUGACCUCA